UUCUCUAAGAAUUCCUAUUGUGAAAUAUGGGACAAAAAUGUUUCAUCGCGGCCCUGACAUUUUAUCUGAUGAUGAAUGUAGUGAGAGGAAGCCUUUUUUCGCUUAUGUUAAAUGUUUAUUUCUCUUAUUUUUUGUUGAAUUAACACAUUUGUAAAUAUUAAAAAAAGAAAGUUUAAUAAACUUUUCUGUAAUAUUAAAUCAAUUUUUAUAGAUUUUAUUUAAAAAUGGCAGCAGCAAUUGCUAAAGAUUAUUAUUUUGUAAUUGUUGGACGUCAAGAUCAACCACUUUUGGAAAUGGAUUUUCCUCCAAAGAAGCGUGAAACUCAGGCAGAAACUCAUCAUUUACUUCAAUUUAUUGCACACGCAGCUUUGGAUAUUGUGGAUGAAAUGACACUUAGGGAGCCACAAAUGUACUUGAAGAUUGUUGACAAAUUUAAUGAAUGGUUUGUUUCUGCAUUUGUUACAUCUAGCCGUAUUCGCUUUUUAAUGUUACAUACACAAAAGAAUGAAGAUGGGAUUAAACAAUUCUUUCAAGAAAUUUAUGAAAUGUAUAUAAAAUAUUCUAUGAAUCCCUUUUACCAACAUGAUUCUCCUAUUCGUUCUGUAAAUUUUGAACAAAAGGCUGGCAUUUAUGGACGGAAAUUUCUUGGAGUUUAA